AUGUCUAAAAUACUAUCACAAAAGCUCAAGGUAGCCUUGAUUCAGUUCAUUGGCUCAACAGCAGACAAAUCGGCAAACCUUCAAAAGGCAGCAGCUUUAGUUGAGAAAGCUGUGAAAGAUCAACCAGAGACAAAGCUUGUGGUUCUACCAGAAUGUUUCAAUUCUCCAUAUGCUACAGAUAAAUUUAGGGAGUAUGCUGAAGUCAUCGAAGAGGACUCUCCUUCUUACAAAGUGCUAUCUAAUCUAGCCAGCAAAUUGAAGAUUAUACUGGUUGGUGGAUCGAUACCUGAACUGGAACCCAAGACAAACAAGAUCUACAACACUUCGAUGGUGUUUGACCAAAAUGGAGCUUUGAUAGCGACCCACAGGAAAGCUCACUUGUUUGACAUCGAUAUACCAAAUGGUAUAACCUUCAAGGAGAGCGAUUCGUUGACCGGUGGUGAAAAAGCGACCACAGUCGAAACGAGUUAUGGGAAAUUUGGUCUUGGUAUCUGCUACGAUAUGAGAUUUCCCGAACUGGCUAUGAUCAGUGCUCGUCAGGGAUCCUUCGCGAUGAUAUAUCCUGGAGCCUUUAACACCGUUACGGGACCUCUACAUUGGAGCUUAUUGGCCAGAUCGAGGGCCAUAGACAACCAGGUAUACACUCUGUUGUGUUCUCCAGCCCGGAAUAUGAACAGCGAUUACCAUGCGUACGGUCACUCUAUGGUCGUCAAUCCACGAGGCGAUGUUAUCGCUGAAGCAGGCGAGGGUGAAGAGAUCAUCUACGCAGAACUUGACCCCGAAGAAAUCGAGACCUUCAGACAAGGUAUCCCCAUCACCAAACAGAGAAGGUUUGACAUUUACAAAGACGUCAGUAAAUAA